ACACCUCGCUUCAUUCUAUGAAUCUCAAAAACUCAUUAACCGAGAACCUGAAACCAGGCCACUGCCUGCUCCUCACUGACAAUGGAGGCUUCUCACAACAAGACAGGUGUGUAUGGAUGGGGCCUUACCCAACUCAACCCAGUCCAAACAGCAAACCCUUUCAUAGAGAUCAUUGAGCAGCCAAAGCAGAGAGGGAUGAGGUUUAGGUACAAGUGUGAAGGACGUUCAGCCGGCAGCAUCCCCGGAGAGAAAAGCAAUGACACAACUAAGACUCACCCAGCCAUCAAGUUUGGACCUGGAAGCACUAGAGGGCAGGUGCACAACUACAGUGGGCCCUUGCGUGUUCGCAUCUCAUUGGUAACAAAGAACGCACCGCACAAGCCUCACCCCCACGAACUGGUGGGGAAGGACUGCAAACAUGGCUACUAUGAGGCUGACCUGCAAGAGAGACGAAUACACAGUUUUCAGAACCUGGGCAUACAGUGUGUGAAGAAAAAGGAUGUAAAUGAGGCCAUCACUUGCAGGCUGCAGACCAAUAAUAACCCUUUCAACAUUCCGGAGGCGAAGGUGUGGGAAGAGGAAUUUGACCUGAAUUCGGUUCGGCUUUGCUUCCAGGCCUCCAUCACUCUGCCUACAGGGGAGCUCUUUCCUCUGAAGCCUGUGGUAUCGCAGCCCAUUUAUGACAACCGGGCCCCGAACACAGCUGAGCUGAAGAUCUGCCGAGUCAACCGCAACUCUGGAAGCUGCAAGGGAGGGGAUGAAAUCUUUCUGCUGUGUGACAAAGUGCAAAAAGAGGACAUCGAGGUGCGUUUCUUUCAGGACUCCUGGGAGGGAAAGGGCACUUUCUCCCAGGCCGAUGUCCACAGGCAGGUGGCCAUUGUGUUCCGCACACCGCCCUACCGCGACACUAAUCUCACUGAGCCCAUUAGAGUCAAGAUGCAGCUCCGCCGGCCCUCUGACCGCGAGGUUAGCGAGCCAGUGGACUUCCAGUACCUGCCUGCUGACCCAGAUGAAUACAGAUUGAGUGAGAAGAGAAAGCGUACAGGAGACAUGUUCCAGAGCCUGAAGCUGGGGCCCAUGCUAUCUAGUGUGUCCAUUCCACAAGAUAGACGACACAUAAGCCCGGCAAGGAGAACAGUCACAGCCAAGCCUCUAUCAAUGAAUUCACAAGCUUCAGCUGUGGUGCCCCCUGGUGCCAGUGCAGUGAAACCCCAGCCCUCCUACUCAUACAACCAGCUAGGCCAGCUCUUCUCAGUCCAGCCCAAGGUAGAGGUCUCCCCCUCCAUCUCAGCUGUGACUACUAAUCAAGCAUGGAAAAGCAUGGAGAGCCUGAACCUGGGCUCACAGCCCAAGGCCACUCCAGUAGCCAAUUUCACAAUGAGCCAGGCACCAUCUUCCUCCUCCUCCUCCUCUACGACCACCUCCACUGCCAACCAGGACUACUCAACUGUCAACCUGUCAGAGCUUCAUGAAUUCUUCCCCAACAUUUCCUCAGCCAUGGCCCAGGAGCCCACAGCUUCUCAGGGAAGCACGGCCUCCUCACAGGUCAGCAGCUCCUUCACCCUCCAGAGCUCUCAGUUCCGGGUUGACGCACCACUCGUGGACGACGAUAUUCCAGAGUUCCUUAGCUUUCCUGAAGCCCAGGCCCCAGGCACCCUGGACAGCCUAAACAUGGAUGACUUUGAGGACCUUCUGAACCCCCGCCUCAUGGGGGAGGGAGGAAAUGGCGCCUCAUUGUUGGCCCAAGCUUCAUGCCAACAAGCUGCCCCUGCCAGCUCCUCUACUGCUGCCCAGAACAGCGCAGUAUCCCCUAACACUUCUGACCCUGCCAGCAACCCAGGAAGCACCUGGAUGAAUUACCCAAACAGCAUCUUCAACUUGCUCCAGAACGAGGACAGGAUUGACAUUGCAUCCAACAACCACCACCACCGGCCCGCUGUGCUGGAUGAGUUUGAUGAGUUGAUGUCCGCUGACGAGGAUCGUCUUAUUUCAAUUUUCAACAACGAAAGCCAAGCUGGCUUUGUGUCAGGACACCCGACUUAAAGAGUGUCCUCAUGAUUAUUAUUAUUUUUUUUUUUAACGGACACAUUCACAUAAACCAAGCAUACUGCCCAUUUAGCCUUCAGAACUAAAAAUCCUUUGUUGUUACCUAAGACAAAAAGGAAACAAUGUGGAUAUGAAGGGUUGGAGGAGACAGAAUGUAGCAAAACUGCUCACUGUGGACAUUCUUAUUGAAAUACCAGAAAAAGACUGACUAUGGUAUUCAAUUAGUGGGUUUUGCCAGGCUUUAUAUACAGUUUGUCUGACAAAUGAUAUAACACAAGACAGAACAUAAUCAGAUUUCACAUUACAUCGUCAUUGUCGAGCCAUGUUUAGCAUCAAUCAUCACCUGUUUCAGCCACUGCGUCAACAUGAUGGAAGAUUUAUUCACCAACAAAUGUUUGUUUUAAAAAGAUAACCAGAUCAGAUGCAUUGCUGAAGGCAUCUGUUUAAAUUUUAUCCUGUUGAGGAUAUUUUCUGUGGAACAUGUUAAAGCAUGUUUUUUUGUUUGUUUCUUUGUUUCUUUUUUCCCCCUUGUAACAGCUCUGGUCAAUUUUUAAAGGGAUUAUCCCUGCCAAUGCAAGUUCAGUCUGUAUUUUUACUGUAAACAAAGGAGCUGGUAUAUCUCAUUAAGAAUUUAAUCUGAUCUAGAGGCAAGUCUAUGCAAAUUAGGUCUCCUGUCCUUUAAUUAAAUAUCUUUUAAUUAAAUAUCUCCAUGUAAUACUUUGGAAAUUGAUGUUUAAAUGUUUUCUGAAGGUAGUAACUGUAAGACCACUUUCUUUACACAGGUGCCUUUGUUGAGAGUCUCAACACAAUGUAGUAAUGUUUUAAGAGCCAUAUGAAGGUAUAUAUGUAUAUAAUUAUCAAAUAAGCAAGAUUGAUAAGUACAUGCUUAGAGCAGACAAGCGUACAAGACGUUCAUGCAUCCCACUCAGAGCUGUAUCAGAUUGUUUUGUUGUUUUUUUUUUGUCUGCUGGUAUAACUUUCACUGGCUCCUAAUCAGUUGCUCUAUUUUAUCAAUAUGGGUGCCAUUUAACAGUUUCAGACUCAUAGGUCAACUUGCUAUACUCUUUAGUUAAACUUGCCAUGAGAUGGCAUUAUGCAAUUUUAUACUACUAUGAUGUACGGAGAUUGUACUAUAUGCAGUUUUUUUGUGCUGUCAUAAAUGAUUAAUGUUUUCAAAAUCUGAAAAACACUUAAAAAAAAAACAAAAAAAAAAACCAGCAGCAUAUAAAUGUGGUCUUCAAAAUUGUAU